CACAACCUUGUCGGAUACAGCAAGAUGUCGUCUUUGGUAUCGGAAGCUGUACAGACGGAACUUGGUGCCAUUGAACGGUGGCCAGAUGAUGUGCAGUUUUUUCAGCAAUACCAAGUUGAACAGAUCACACUCCCUGACCAUGCUGCCUGCCUUAGUGUGAAAACUUUUCUCCACAUGUGUGGAUUAAAUUAUAGAGAAGAGCUGAGAACUAAUGCAGAAGAAAUGUCUCCGUCAGGUAAAGUGCCAUUUAUAAAAGUUGGGCCAUUUUUGACAUCAGAGUUUGAGCCUAUAGUAGCAUUUGUUAAUCAAAGGGGAUUCAGUAUAAGUGAUCAUUUAGAUGAUGCUCAGCGGUCAGAUAUGAAGGCAUACAUGGCUAUGGUUGAUAAUAUUCUUGUUAAUGCAGAGUUGUACCUGAGUUGGAUAAUUCCUGAUGUUGUAAAAGAGGUAACUAUACCACGUUAUAGUGUGGUACAGCCUCAGCCGUUAUCCUGGAUACUUCCCCGAUUAAAACAGCGAGAUGUUAAGAUGAGACUAGGCAGUGUAGGCUGGUCUAAGAAGACAUUUGAUGAGGUUUGUUGUGAGGUCAGUACUUGCUGUCAGGCAUUGUCUGAUAGACUUGGGACAAAUCCAUAUUUCUUCGGAGAGAAACCAACAGAAUUGGAUAGUUUAGUUUUUGGCCACCUCUUUACAAUUAUCACGACAGAACUUCCAGAAAUGAGGAUAGCUAACAUUAUACGACAAUUUGAGACUCUUACAAAAUUUUGUACAAAUGUGGACAAAUUAUAUAGGGACUUUUCUUCAGAAUGAUUGACACUUAUUCUUGAUUAAGACUGAAAAGCUGUUUUAAUUCUUAAAUGCAUUGCAGAUGGAAGAGUUUUCUGCUAUUUAUUCUGGAUAUAAUGUAACUGUACACUAUAUGGAUCCCAACCUAGGAUAAAAGCUGGUAUAUAUGUUUCUCUUACUAUUUACUAGAAAUAUAUAACAUAAUGGUAAACCUUAAUUCUCAACAUUACAGCAUUUUAUGAAUAGAUUGUCAUGAUGUAAGUUAUUGUUUCCAUUUCAUAGUAGAUGUGAUUAAAUUGCCAUGGCUAUAUUCAAUAUAUUAUGUCAAUGAACCUCACAUUUGGUAAAGAAUUCAAGAUAUGUGGUACAUCAUUUUGUUCAUCAGUGUGAAAAUAUAUAUUUAGAAAUGUAUGUGCAAUAUCUAGCGUCAAGAUAUUCAGGAAAAAACUAAAUUAUAGGUGCAAACUGAUGUGGACAUCAUACAAAAUUGUAUAACAUUAUGAUUGUAAAAUUGUCAAAGACUUUUGAUACAAUACAAUUUUUGAUGACAGUA